CUGACACUGGUCAGAAAAGCAAAGUCAGUGGUGUUUUCUCUAACCUUGGUGUAUGAGCACCGUUUUCCUCACAUUAUUAAAAACUAGAGCUGCAAAAGGCAUUCCCUUUCCCUGGCCGGAACUAAAUGUGCGCUACUCGGUUUCCCAUCGGAACAUGUAGGCUGCACCUUGGUUCCCUGGAACGCAUUCCCCUCAGAAACCCGGAAGUGCCUUUGCUUUCUCUGUCUGACAGCUGCAGAAUGGCGGGGACGGGGGUUCAGCGAGCGCUUGUGAAGGCAGUGAAUGAGCUGCUGAGGCGGAGAAGAUACCGGGCUGCGCUGGCUGUGAUCAAGGGCUUCCGCAACGGGGCAGUAUAUGGCGCAAAGAUCCGGGCCCCACAUGCGUUGGUGAUGACUUUCCUGUUUAAAAGCGGAGGUUUGAAAGAGAAGCUGAAAGCCAUUCUGCAGGCAACGUUCACCCAUUCCCGAAAUCUUGCGUGCUUUGUUUUCACAUAUAAAAGCCUCAUGGCUGCACAGGAGAAACUGCAUGGCAGCAAAUGGCAGUUCCACUCCUUCCUAGCUGCCUGCGUUGGGGGCUGGUUGGUGUUUGGAGAGAACAAUCACAUCAAUAGCCAGAUCAACAUGUACCUGCUGUCUCGUGUCCUGUUUGGCUUGUCGCGUCUGGCAGUAGAAAAGGGUUAUAUCCCCGAACCUAAACAUGACGUCUUCCCCUUGUUCUCAGCUCUAGUGUGGGGCUUUGUUCUAUGGCUCUUUGAAUACCAAAGACACACGCUGCAGCCGUCACUACAGUCCUCCAUGACGUAUCUGUAUGAUGAUAGCAAUAUCUGGCACGACAUUUCCGAUUUCCUCAUCUACAACAAGCCCAAGGCAGCCAAGUGAUCCCCAGCUGGCACCUUUAGGAUCUCUCUUUAAAGUAUAAAGUGAGGUCCUAAAGCCAUUAAGGGUGCAAGACAGCCUCCAUCUUGGAUGAGGCAAAUUGCUGAAUCAUAUGGUUGGUCAUUCCAUUACACUGAGACAGGAGUCUAUAGGACUAUAACCCCAAUUUCACAGAAGGCAGACAUUCUAGUAGCUCACCUUCACUGAUACCUAACGCUGCUGCUCUAACAAAGUCAUACCCAACUACAACUACAGGUCUGGACUGGGCUUCAAAAUAGGCCCUGGCAUUCCAAGUGUACAGAGGCCCAAACAGCCCCCCCCCCCCACCGGCCCAAUAAAUAGCAACUGUCUGUGGCAUCUUAUAGCAACCCAGAGAUUGCCAGUCCGGGCCUGCCCAACUAGUGGCUGUCAAGGAACAUGUUGCCGUCCAGUCCUAAGAUGAUGAUUCCUGCAGCUUUAAAGAAAAGGUUGGUCUUUGAAGUCCUAAUUGUUGGGGGGGGGGGAGAGCAGGAUGAAUUUAUAUGUAUAUGUCUGAGGCUUCUGCUGGCUAGUAUUGCACACAGAGCUAGCCAGUAUCUAGUAAUAGCAUGGGACGUGUUCCCCUACACUUUAUUUCUGGAUAUGUCUCACGUGGAUUUAAAAGGUUGGGGAAAUUUUAACAAUUUUUACACAGCUAUUAAAGGACCACUAUCCAUUAAGUAUUUAUUUUCACUAUGGAUCUGUCUUAUUGGCCCCAGCCAAAAGUGCAAGAGCACUAAGGAGCACCAAAGUGUGCCCCUUAGUACUCAUUCAAAUAGUACUUUUAUCGGGGUGGGGGGGAGGGUUCUGCCUCGUGUUCUGCAAGCCACUGGUUGUUCUUAUCCGGUUUCAGUCAUUCUCUCCAAGCUGCCCUGCAUAGUAUGGGACCAUCAGUAGUCCAUAUGAAUUCCACUUAUUUGGCUGAGAAAUAUAAAGGUGUAGUUGUGUAGUGCAGUAUACAAAUUGCACUUUUUGGGUUGCAAAUCUCUGAUUUCUGCCCACUAUGCAGUAGUUUUACCAGAACUUCAGUGUAACUGCAGAAAGAUGGGGAAUCACACCCAGUGCAUAAAAACAAAUGCAGUCUCAUGUGUUUACAAAUCGGGUUCAAGUUGUGGCAGAGUUAGGAUUGUUGUAGAAGAGGCUGGACAGACACUAUGGCACUUAGCACAACUAUACGCAAGUGCAAGGAGCAUGUUUGGAAACAAGAACCUUAAGUCAGAAGCAUCAUCUUGUGCAACAUUUGUGUCCAUUUGAUAUUUCUAAUUGACCCAUAUUAUAUUUCAGGCCAUAUACCCUUCCAGCUUGAAUCUGACUCAGAGUGAACUGACAGUUCCAAGAAUUACCCCCCUUAUGUAAUAAAAGGCACUAAGUUUGCCCAGUAGCAAUAACCCAUAGCAACCAGUAAAUGCUACCUGCUGAUUGGAUGAUAUGGGUUACUGCUCCUGGGCAAGUGAUAAAAAAAAGUUCUGUAUUAUCCCUUCACAAGAAAAAGGUUAGUCAUUGAAUUUGCAGAGUCAUGCUUUUGUGACUUCUAAUGAACACAUUUGGAAACUACCCAACAUCUAAGAAACCUGAGCGAUUGCCUGGGCGUGAUUUUCACCUUGUUAAUGCAAUCUGGCAUUCCCCUGUGUUCAACUGCAACAUCAAAGCAAGUGUUUGAAUCAGUUAGAGAAGAUGGUUCAUUCUGUUAGAAUAAUCUCUUUCAUUCGUUACAUCACUAGGUUAAUAAGAUACUCCUUUUCUGAUAUUUUGACUCAUGGAAGCUAACGUAUUGCUUUCUGUACAAGAUGUCAGCAUGGCGUCAUCUUAUUGGUGGCUGCUGAAUUCAUUAUACAUAAUGGAGUAGCAAAAGCUAGCAACAUGGCAGCUCCAGUACUAACUGCUAGAUCUUUUCUGGACUUUGUCCGGAGUAUGACUUGCCGUAUACAGCAGUAUUCCGUGCCUAGGGUUGCCAGCGCAUCCCUUUAACACUGCAUGGCUGCACAUAAAUCAGUUCAGUCUGCAUCAUGCAUCAAAGCUUUAGUUGUAAUUAGCCAUACAGGAUGUGGAUUCAAUCUGUCUGUGUCCCCUGAACAUAGUUGGCCAAAUAGACCUUCUCCCCAAUAUUUGGGGAUUUCCCCAAAUUUUAUUAUCCAUUGCAUUAUCGUAGGCAUUGCCAGCCUUCCACUUUUUAAAGGCAUAAUUCCAUUAAAGGGGAACUAAAGCCCCAGAAGAGGUUUUGCCUUUUAAGCAUGCCUUACCCAGGUUUAACUUCAGGGUUCGACAAUGCCAUUCUCUCACCCAAUAAUAUGCACGCCUGGCUCAGCACCCCUUCCCUGUACCUCCUACUCUUGCAGUGGGCGUUUUCUAUGCCCAGUUUAGCAGACAACAUCUAUAGUAAGCCACAUCUUCCCUUGCAUGAGGCUGCUGUACUGGUUUCCACAUGCAGCAGCCUUGUGUAAGGUAAGAUGUGGCUUAAAGAUGCUUUAAAGCAAAUUGCAUGAGCAUAACUUGUUGAAGCACUUCAGUUCCUCAUACAUAAAGCUUUUAGCUCCAAAUAGUUUAAAUUCCUAAGUUAAAGGGUAAAUGUCUGCUUAGCGAAAUUUCACUAAAAAUUUAGACUAAGUUCUGUACCUUGUUUUGUGUACCCAGAGGCUAUUGGCCUUACUGGAAAAUAUGUUCCGAUUACGCAGUUUUUGCCAUACUUUCAUAGCAAAACUCAAGCUCAUUUGUUAACAAAUCAGCCCCUUCAUGUAUUAUACAAGCAGUCAGGUUCACUAUAGGGGGUUAUUUGCUUACUACAGUCCGUUAUGGUAAAAUUCCUAUUCGUUAAGGGGGUGGUCACCUUUAAUGUUACAGAAUGGCCUACUAGGCUACUGCUUUGCAAUUUUUUCAUUAUUUAUGAUAGUUUUUGAUUCAUCUGCCUUCCUCUUCCACCUCUUUCCAGCUUUCAAAUGGGAGUCACUGACCCCAGUAGCCAAAAAACUAUUGCUCUGUGAGGCUACAAUUUUAUUGUUAUUGUUACUUUUUAUUACUUAUUUUCCUAUUCAGUCCCUACAAUCUCUUGAAAUCACUGCCUGGUUGCUUGGGUAAAUAAGACCCUAGCAAUCAGAUAGUUGCUGAAAUACCAAACUGGGGAGCUGCUGAACAGAAAGCUGAAUACCUUAAAAACCACAAAAAAUGAAGACCAAUUGCAAACUGUUUACACAUAUUACUGUCUACAUCAUACUAAAUGUUAAAGUAAAAGUUUGAAGGUGAACUACCCCUUUAAAAGUGCUUGCAUCAACCUGCUGGUACCGCUGCCUUCCAUCUAAGGAACUCCAGCCGCCCAUAAUUUAAAAGCAAUAGCCAUUGGGUGUCACAGGAUACUGCAAUAGGAAGUGUGCCUAAGAGCUUGCAGUCUGCUAGGCACCCUGCUAUUAGUUCACCUGGGUAGAUAUGCUUCAGAUUUGUCUCUGUUUAGGUAGAAUGGUCCUGUUCGCAGGCCUGAAUAGGGGCAUUGUUUGGGGCAAACUGAAGGAUUGUCUGGGAGUAACUGAGCAUGCUGGGAUGCUUUGAUAAAAGGCACCUAUUAAAUACACAUCCCAUAUGGCUAAUAAGAAAUGAUAAUAGAUGCAUACUGCAUGUCUGCUUAGUAUUUAGUGUAGGCAGCAGCAUACAUCUAAAUGAAAUUCUGUUUAGCGCUACUGUUUCCAGUUCUAAUGGGGAGAAGUCUCAACCCAAAAACCCACCCUUUAGAAUUAACUCUUUCCUAUGCUGAGGCUGUCUAGAUGGUAUUUGUGUGUCCAUAAAUGCCUUAACUACCCUUAUUUAUAAUUUGUUUCUGUAAUCUGUACUGAUUGUAAAUAUGUAUGAAUAAAUCGUUUGGAUUAAUAA